CAGAUGAUACAUUGAACUUCUCUCCUGAGCUUCCAAUGGAACUACAAAGGAAGAGCCGAACAGUUCAGCCUGCAGGUCCCCUGGAUGGAGGCUAUGGCUGGUUCAUAGUGCUUUCCACCUUCCUUGUCUUUGGGCUGACAUUCGGAGUAAUCAAGUCCUUCGGUGUGUUAUUCGUAGAAAUCCAACAUUACUUUGCAACCACAGCGACUGCAAGCUCAUGGAUCACAUCUAUCUCUGUGGCAACUGUACAUUUUGGGGCCCCCGUAGGCUCUGCACUGAGCGCGUACUUCGGCCAUCGGCCAGUGGUCAUGGCGGGGGGUCUGCUGAGCAGCAUUGGGAUGGUGGCCGGGUCAUAUGCCCAGGAUCUGCUACAGCUGUACAUCACUGUGGGGUUCCUUACAGGAUUUGGCUAUGCCCUGACCUGGACCCCUACUGUGACCAUGCUGGGCUGGUACUUUGAGAAGCGACGGCCAGUGGCCAACGCUCUGGCCAGCACAGGAGAGUGCAUCCUCACCUUCAUCCUCACCCCAUCCUUCCAGUUCAUGGUGGAUCAGUAUUCCUGGAGGGGAGCGAUGCUGAUCCUGGGAGCUCUGCAGCUCAACUUGUGUUUGUGUGGAGCUCUUCUGAGACCCCUCAACAGACACGUUCCUGCUAAAGAGCUUGAGGAGAAAGAGCACGAGCUGGAGAUGUUAUCUCAACCUCACAUAGACUCUAGAAGUUCAAAUAAUCAGUCAGACUCAAAAAAAUCGGAUCCACUGAAGGUCAAAAUCAUUCGUUACGUGGACUACACUCUUAUCGCUAAUGCUCGCUUCAUGGUCUACUCAAUGUUUGGCGUUUUCGCUGCUCUCGGCUUCUUCGCUCCAUCUCUCUUUCUGGUGCCGUACGCCCGCAGUCAAGGAGUGGAGGAGUACCAGGCGGCCGCUCUCAUGUCCAUCUCUGCGGUGCUGGACCUGUUAGGCAGGAUGUUUUUUGGGUGGGUGGCUAAUCUGCGGCUGGUCAAGACAGUCCAUCAGCUGAUAGUCACAGUGAUUCUGUUGGGCAUUGUUCUGCUGCUUGGCCCACUUGCAACCACAUUCACCCAGCUAGCGCUGUUCAGUGCUGGUUAUGGACUGGUGUUCGGAGCGACUGUGGCCAUUCACAUCACGGUACUCGCGGAGGUGGUGGGGGUGGAGAGGCUGGGAAGUGCUCUGGGCUUCUUCAUGCUCAUCCGCAGCAGUGGUGGCCUCCUUGGACCACCUUUGGCAGGAAUCUUCAUAGACAAAAUGAGUGACUAUGGAACUGGUUUUCUGAUGGCGGGCGUGGCUCUUCUCGUCUCCGCCCUCUUUCUGCUUGUGUUACAGCAGAUGAACAAAAAAGGGACGGGAAAGGGUAAAGACGUCAACUUGGAGAACGGGAAAGGACAUGAGGAUCUGAAACACAGAAAUUUCAAUUUCAGAAAAAGUUAGUGAAGAGGAGGAGGCUCUAGCAUAAUGUUAG